AAACUUUGGAAAUCCUUUGACAACAUUUAAACCAAUUCCACGCUGAUGCGCUGGAGACUCUGAUCUGAGUUCUGAGUGCUGAUCUUUGCCUGCACUUAGCAGCCUCAAUGCUAAGAAAUAAAAUAAGAUAAUCGUCGCUUGGGCCUUUAAUAGCUGUUGUUUAGCUGUCAACUUCGCGUAAUUCAUAGAAAAUAGGAGAAACGCAGGCAAGCGUGAUGGAGCAACAUGCAAUCGGUGAUUGUGUAUCAAAUGCCAAUCGAUCAGAGAUUGCCAAUAGUUGAUCUUGGAGUGCUACCCAAGAUGCUACGCUUGCUGCAGUCGCUGGCUCUACUAGCCUCACUCCAUCUGGCCCAGACCUUCGAUCAUUUCAAUUUGACUCUGUACAAGCGGCUGCCUGCGCUCUACCAGCUAGACGACUACGAUGUGUGUCUGGCCAGCGACUCGCGUAGCUACUGCCUGGUCUAUGCCGAAAUCGUGCCGAAUGCCAGCUCCAAGCUGUGGCAACAAAUCGAAGAUCUCUCGCUGGAUGUCAAGCAUCGCUUUCGGCACGAUCGUUUGCUCCGCGGCGUCUGCCUGGAGCGCUGUCAGCUGGAUCUGCAGCAGUUGUACGACGGCGGAGUGCAGGAUGUGGAGCUGAGCUCCUACUACUCCAGAGUGCAUGGACGCUCAGCGGAGGAGCGCCUGCUCAACGAUCCGCUGGUUAAUAGCUGCUUGAAUCAGGAGUUUGGGCAGAAGUUUUCAUUGCGUGUGCGCAGCCUCAUUGAAUAUUGCGAAGUCGGGCGAGAGUUUGCCGCAUGGCAAGUAGCUCAAACAGUUCUACGUGGAAUUGGGUUUAAUCUGCCUUCCAUUUGGCCUGCAGAUGCUCUCGAUCUGAUUGUUUAUGCGCUGCUGGCUGCCCUACUGCUGCUCACUGUCUGCUCCAGUCUCUACGAUCAUUUGCUGCGCAAGCGCAACGCGCAGACCGGCAACCACUUCUAUCAGCAGUGCCCGCAGCAAUGGCAUGACCAACUGCUGACCUCCUUCUCGCUGCUGCGCAACUACUACCGGCUGACCCUGCCCCAUGGCAGUGACUUUGCACGCGAUAUUCGUUUCUUCGACGCCUUCCGCGUGAUCGGCGUUUUCGUUGUGAUCUUGGGCCACACGCUGAUGGUUUUUAUGACGGUGCAAAUAGAGAAUCCCGAGUUCUACGAGCAGUUCCUCUACCGCUUCGAGACGGCCAUCUUCCAGAACGGCAGCGUCUUCAUUCAGAUCUUCUUUGUGUUGAGCGGAUUUCUGCUCUAUGUGAACUUUACCAGUCGCCAGUUGGUGCAUCCAGAGUCGGGCAUUCUCGACUGCAUUGCCGUUUACUUUCGUGUGUUUUUCUACAGAUAUUUUAGGCUGUUGCCCUCGCUGCUGGCGCUGAUCCUGUUCAAUGGCUCGUUUUUGGUGCGCCUGCAGAGUGGACCCUUUUGGCGGCAUCUCACGGAGGCGGAGCGCGUCUUUUGCCGCACAAACUGGUGGAAGAAUGUCCUCUUUGUGACCAAUCACAUGAUGGAGGAUAGUUGCUCCCAUCAGACCUGGUACUUGGCAGCGGACAUGCAGCUCUUUGAGCUCUUUCUGAUUGUUAUUAUUAUCAGCAAAAAGCAUCCUUUGCUGACCAAGCCCAUGUAUGUGGCGCUCCUGCUGUCCGCUUUCGGUGUGCCUGCUGUCCUCACGUAUCUCCUCAAGCUGGAUGCCGUCUAUCAUCUGCGCCCAGAAACCUAUCGCUACUUGUACUUUCGAGAAUCGGACACUUUCUAUCAGAUUUAUCCGCCCUUUUACACCAAUCUGGCGGGCUAUCUGCUGGGCUUCCUGUGCGGCAAUCUCUACCUGCAUCAGCGCCAGAGUGGAGUCAGUCAUCGCGGUCAGCGCAAGUACGAGCUGGGUCUGUGGCUGCUGGUGCCCGCUGCCUUGGGUCUGCUGCUCUCCGGCUACAUCUUCAUCAAGCAUGACUUUGAGAAGCCUUCGCUGUGGCUGGCCCUCUAUGCGGGUCUCUACAGGAACCUUUGGGUGCUGAUCUGUGGAGGAUUUGUGUACUUUAUGUGCUGCAAAGUGGGCGGCAUCGCUUAUAGAUUCUGUUCCUUGUCGGUUUUCCGUCCACUGGCGAGGCUUUCCUUUCAAGUUUUCCUCUGGCACAUUGUCGUCCUGCGCGUCGUUGCGGGAUACUUUCGGCAGCCCGUCUACGUGACUAGUUUCUCCUUGUUUUGCAAUGUUUUGGUCGUCUUCGUUUUGACGCAUGCCUUGGCGGCUUUUGUGGCGCUGCUGCUGGAAUAUCCCAUGGUGGAGGUGGUAAAGUGUCUGUUUAUGACAAACAAAGGGACAAAAAACGAGCCAGCAAACAGCAAAAGUUCCGAAAUUCAAAUGGAAACCGCAAAGGCAGCUGCUUAGUGUGGCAGCUCUGCAGCAAAUAAAACACCAAAAAGUUCAGCAUAUCGCACAAAAAUAUCGAUGUAUCGAUGCUACAAAAGCAAAUGCAGAGGGGCAUCAAUUAUCCAA